GUUUCACAUUCUCACUCCCUCUCUCCGACUGCUUUUCUCACCGGAGAAUCCUCUCAUCUACGCACUUGUGUCAGGAUAUGGAGGAGGAACGUCCUCUUCCACCAUCAUCUCCAACUUCUUUAGAUAUUUGCACAAAUCAUUUCAGAGUAAAGUUGUCAUUGAAUGUAACUUUACACCAGUACAAGGUUGAUAUUACUAGUAAAGGAAAAAACGAAGUGAUCGAAUCAACCAGGAGGAGGAUACUUAGGGACACAUUGAAAGAGCGAUUCAUAAUGCAGGAAUUUUUUUAUGUUGGAGAAGGAACUGUAUUCCUUAAGGAAUUGAUUACUGGAACUGCAUCUGUCUUCUCUAACGCAUAUGAUUUUGGGAUGUUUUAUAUUAAGAUCACUUUCAAUAAGAGCAUUCAAAUAUUGCCAGAUCAUCAAAGAACUAACACAAAAGUUACUGAAGAUGUAUUGUAUGCACUUGAUACAAUAUUGCAGCACCAUGACAUUGAAAGAUAUGUCCUCAACAACGAUGUUGACUCCUGGUCGUGUGAGAGGAUCAUCUUAGAUUCUUAGAAUUGACUGGAAAAAGGCCAACGAGAUACUGAAGGAUAGGAAAGUCAAAACGGAUUGGGAUGACGAAGUUUUGAAGAUCAAAGAGUUAAGCAAGGAAACUUGCAAACAAUUGUUCUGCAUGAAAGGGGGACCAAAACCUGUUAAUGUUUAUAAUUACUACGCAAAACUAUGUAAACUCUAAGGUCCCCACCAAUUACUUUGGCAGACAUUCCUUGCGUUGAUGUUGGCGGGCCAAAUAAACCCAAUUACGUUCCUAUAGAGCUCUGUUCGCUCAUACCCCUGCAAAAAUAUACACGUUCCACAUCGGCUUCGCAAAGAUCAUCUUUAGCUGCACAAAGUAGGUCUCCUGCAGAGUCUAUGAAAGCUCUGACUGAUGUAAGCAUCUUUUUUACCGACUUUUCUUUGUGCUUACAUCUCGAGUUUUUCAUAUGUAAUUUCACUUUACAGUUUUUGAAAGACUACUUCUGUAAAGCGAAUUCAUCGCUUAGUGCCAUUGGUAUGUCCAUUGAGAAUCACCCGAUUUCAGUUAGGGGACAUGUUCUUCCUCCACCUGAGUUGAAAUUCGGUCCUCGCAAAAAGCCUUCUAUGGAUAGGCCAACUAAUGGUCAGUGGAACUAUGACGGAAAGAGGCUAGUUAUACCAGUCAAAAUCGAGAACUGGUGUGUUGUUGAUUUUUCUUCUGGCUAUAAUUCUCGUUCAAUGUGCAAAAGAUAAGAAAAUUCGCAUGGCCAUGCCGGUACAUAUCAAUGAAGAAGAACAUUCCAAGAGUUUAUCUCCUGAGGAAAGAGUAGAAAACAUGUUUCAACAAAUAAAGAAAGAGAAACCUAAUUUCGAUCUUGGCACUCUUAAAAUGAAAUAUGAAGGGUUACAACUGAGGCUACGUGUUGAAUUCGUUCUUUGUAUCAUGGAGAAGAAUUCUGAUAUCUAUGGACCUUGGAUGAAGAAAUGCCCGACGGAAGCAGGAGUUAUCUCGCAGUGCAUCUCCGUAGACUCAGAGACUAGUCCAACAACCAUGGAUAACCAGUACCUCACUGAUAAUAUUUUAGAAAUUAACAUAAAGCUUGGAGGUAUAAACUUUUGGCUAUCUAAUGUUCCUUGUAUUAUAACUAAAAUUCCAACCUUGAUAUUGGGAAUGAGUAUUGGUGUGUCUCCAAGGCCAGGUCACUCAAAUAUCCCAUCCAUUGCCUCUGUGGUGGGUUCCUCCUAUUGGCCUUGUUUUUCAACGUAUGGGGCAUCUGUACGUACUCAAUCAUCGACAGAUAAGAUGUUCACAUACGAUUCAUUGUACAGUCCAUCAGCUGAAGGGGAAGACGAAGGAAUAAUCAGGGAGCUUUUGCGGGAGUUCUUUGAUUCUAAUCGACAAGAGUUUGUUAUACCAGGACAGAUUCUCAUUUUCAGAAAUGGAGUGAGUGAGUCCCAAUUCAGCCAAGUACUGGAGAUUGAAUUGGAGGCUAUUAAAAAGGCUAUCAGACAGCUGCUAGCGCCACUGCCGAAGUUCACUGUUAUUGUUGCUCAAAGGAGCCAUCGUUCAAAGUUAUUCAAAGUUGGUGGCGUCCCUGGAAAUGUUCCACCAGGAACAGUGGUGGAUGUGCAUUCUAAGUUUCAAAGCUUUUACAUGUGCCCCAUCAUGUAGCUAGUUGUAAUACAGGGAACAUCUGUCCCAACACUCUACUCUAUCUUGAAGAAUGAUAUUAGUAUCUCAUUUGAGGAUCUGCAGAAUCUCGUGCACUCUUUUUCCUAUGUAUACCAAACUAAGACGGCAUCGAUCCCAAUAGUUGCACCAAUCCAGUAUGCCCGUUGCGUUGCCUCACAGAUGCGCCAAUUUUUAAAAUCUGGUAAGCUUCCAAGGCUACACCCAAGUGUCGCAAAUGAGAUGUUGUUUUGUUGAGGUUAGGGCAUACCACGGACCUGUAUUUACAUAUUUUGUUGUUGAGUUUGAAGUACACCAUAAACGGCAAUAGCAAGUAUCUCAGUAUUUUUUGAAGGAGAUGGUAAGUUUUGUUGAGUGAGAUAGGUAUAUAUUGGUGUAAAGAAAAAUAAAUAAAAGUACCCCAGUAGAGGCAUCUUAGAUAGUAAGUCGUUCCUUGAACUUUAUUUUUGUUCCUUGAACUUUAAGUCAAUAUUGCUUCUCAUUGCACAAACUAAGUUCCAAUACUAUUGGUUCUCAU